AUGGCUCCUGAAGAUGUGGCUGCUGGAAGGAAGAGAAAAUGCCCGGAGCCAUCUUCUGGAAUGAAUCAUGAAGUAUUCUUGAAUUUUAGAGGUGCAGAUACUCGUGAAGAAUUCACAGAUGUCCUUCACAAAAAACUGAAAAAUGCAGGGAUCAGGGUCUUUAUAGAUCACGAAAAACUCUGUGCUGGAGAUGAGAUCGAUCAGGGGCUGAAAGAUGUGAUCAAGCGGUCGACUAUCUCAAUAGCCAUAUUCUCUAAAGAUUAUGCUUCCAGUAGAAGUUGCCUUAUGGAGCUGGUACAAAUGUGGGAGUGCAGAAAAUCAAAUGGACAGAUUAUUAUCCCAAUUUUCUAUAAUGUUAGGCCCCAUGCUGUAAAGAACCUGGAGGGGGAUUUUGCAACGUCCUUCAAUAAACAUGAUGCAUAUAAAAAAGUCGACUCAGAGACCAUCGACAAAUGGAAGGAGGUUCUUCGAGAGGUCGUGGAAUUGAGCGGAUUUGAUCGGGCGACCAUAAACGGGGGGUAA